AUGGAUGGCCUGAAUCUCGCCGAGGAUCUUCCGUUGAGCGCCCGCCAGGCUGGUUCUCCGUCCAGCGGCUCGACAAAGCCCACGCGACCGAAGAUGCGCCGCCGCCAUCAGGGUCUUGACGCCCAUCGCAACCCGGCCGAGGAUGCGCCGUUCCCCGCAUCGUCCCCAAGCUGCCUCCCCGCAUGGACUGCCGCUUUCUAUGCACCACCACGCAUUGGCGAGGCCAGCCAAGCUCGUCGGCUAACCGUCGCUGUGCCUCAUGCCGCAUGCCGAUCGAUCAAGUCACACAGCUCGCUCUUUCGAUCCACUCCUGCGCUCGCUGCACCUACGCGUUCCAUGCGAUACACUCUUGGCUGA